CAGUCGCUGGCCUCCCGCAACCAUGAGCUCCUACGGCUACGAUCCGUUUUUUCCCUCCUACAAGCGCCGCUAUGCCGACAGCUCGCGGCUCCACGUCUCCACGAUGCGGAGCAGCAGCGGCGGCUACAGCUCGGGGCGCUCGGCGUACUCCAGCCUGUCGGCGCCCGUCUCCUCCGUGUCGGUGCGCCGCAGCUACGCCGCCUCUAGCGCCUCGGGCUCCCUCCUGCACUCGGUGGACAGCCUCGACCUGAGCCAGGUGGCGGCCAUCAGCAACGACCUCAAGUCCAUCCGCAGCCAGGAGCGGGCGCAGCUGCAGGACCUCAACGACCGCUUCGCCUGCUUCAUCGAGCGGGUGCACGAGUUGGAGCAGCAGAACAAGGUGCUGGAGGCUGAGCUGCUGGUGCUGAGGCAGAAGCAUGCUGAGCCAUCCCGGUUCCGAGCCCUGUAUGAGCAGGAGAUCCGUGAGCUGCGCCUGGCUGCUGAGGAGGCGACAAGCGAGAAGCAGGCGCUGCAGGGCGAGCGGGAGAGCCUGGAGGAGACACUGCGGGGGCUGCAGGCCCGCUACGAGGAAGAGGUGCUGAGCCGGGAGGAUGCUGAGGCCAGGCUGCUGGAGGUCCGCAAGGGCGCCGAUGAGGCAGCGUUGGCUCGGGCCGAGCUGGAGAAGCGUGUGGACAGCCUCCUGGAUGAGCUGGCCUUCCUCAAGAAGGUCCACGAGGAAGAGCUGGCCGAGCUGCAGGCUCAGAUCCAGUAUGCUCACCUCUCCGUCGAGAUGGACGUGUCGGCCAAGCCUGACCUCUCAGCCGCGCUGCGGGACAUCCGUGCCCAGUACGAGAAGCUGGCAGCCCGCAACAUGCAGAACGCCGAGGAGUGGUUCCGCAGCCGCUUCACCGUCCUCAGCGAGAGCGCUGCCAAGAACACCGAUGCUGUCCGUGCCGCCAAGGAUGAGGUGUCUGAGAGCCGCCGUCUCCUGAAGGCCAAGACGCUGGAGAUUGAGGCUACCCGUGGCAUGAACGAAGCACUGGAGAAGCAGCUGCAGGAGCUGGAGGAAAAGCAGAGUGCUGACAUCUCGGCGCUGCAGGAUACAAUCAACAAAUUAGAGAAUGAGUUGCGAACCACGAAGAGUGAAAUGGCUCGGUACUUAAAGGAAUAUCAAGACCUGCUCAAUGUGAAAAUGGCCCUGGACAUUGAGAUUGCAGCAUACAGAAAACUGCUGGAAGGUGAAGAGACCCGACUCAGCUUCACCAGUGUUGGAAGCAUCACCAGUGGCUACACCCAGGCUGCCCCGACUUUUGGCAGGUCUGCAUACAGUGGUCUCCAGUCCACUUCCUACUUGAUGACAACCCGUUCCUUCCCCACCUACUACUCUAGUCAUGUCCAGGAAGAACAGAUUGAAAUAGAGGAAACAAUUGAGGCUGCUAAAGCAGGAGAAGCCAAGGCAGCCCCAGCAGAGGAAGGUGAGGAAGAAGAGAAAGAAGAAGGUGAGGAGGAAGAAGCAGGAGGUGAAGAGGCUGAAGAAGAGGAGGAAGGUGCGAAGGAAGAAUCUGAAGAAGCCAAAGAGGGUGGUGAAGAAGGGGAAGAAACAGCAGCUGAAGAAGGAGAGGAGUCUCAAGAAACUGCUGAGGAAACUGGUGAGGAAGAAAAAGAAGAGAAAGAAGCAGCAGGAAAGGAAGAGAGUGAAGUGAAGAAGAAAGCUUAAUUUUUAAGGCAGUCCAGCUUUCUCAUCAAGUUAAACUAUGAUUGACUGAGCUAAAAUUGCAGUCUCACAUAUUUAAUUCAGUGACCACUGAGGUUUAAAGUUAAUGAUCUAUGAUGUUUCUCUAUGCGGAGUAUCAGUAUGCUUGCAGAGCACCCACUGGCUUGCUCCCUGAGUGCUGCAUGGUCUACACGUAUGAAUUCAGGGGUUAUGCCCUAUUUGGGUGAUUCAGAAUCUUAAAAUUCUAAAAGGAAAAAAUAAGUCAUGGAAUGAAAGUUAUCUUUAACUUGCAUUUAAAAUAAUUAUGGAAACCUUGGGUGGGCAAAAUGGAGGCUUCAAUAAGUAUGUGCAAUAAAGCUAGUCAAUAAAGUUACAGAAAUGCUUACACA